AAAAAGAAGAACAUUUCUAAAUAUUUAAAUAAAUACUCAAUAUUAUCCCUAAAAUGAAAUAAAAACUUCACGAGAAAAUAAAGAUUUAUCUCACGAUUUUUUUCUGUAACUCUAAAAUUUCCGGAAACUUCUCUUCUCUUCAGUACCGUUUCAAACCCUAAAUGAAACGUGCCCCCGUCGACGACCUCGGCGCGGUUGCCGCGGCGGCCGCCGCCGUCAAUGGCAGCUUGAAGAAGCCUGUCUUCCUCACCAAAGCUCAACGCGAGCAAUUAGCUCUCCAGCGCCGCCAAGACGAGUUCGAGGACCAAAAACGCCGCCAACACUUGCUUCUCUCCCAAGCUCGCUCAGGUUCUCCUUCUUCCUCCGCCGCCGCCAACAACAAUAACAACAACGACCAUCAUAAACCCUCCGAUUUCGAUCGCCGCGACCGUGACCGUGACCGUGACCGAGAUAGGGAUAGGGAUAGGGAUAGAGAUAGAGAAAGGGAUAGGGAUAGGGAUAGAGACCGGGACCGCGAUCGAGAUAGGGAACGGGAACGGGAGCGGGAACGAGACCGGUCGGACCGGCGUAAUAGAGAGAGGGAUCGGGAAGAUGAGACAAAAGGGAGAGAUCGCGCUCGGAUUGAGAAAUUGGCUGAAAGAGAGCGCGAUAAGGAGCUUGAAGCGAUUAAAGAGCAGUAUCUUGGAUCGAAGAAGCCUAAGAAGAGAGUUAUUAAGCCUAGUGAGAAGUUCAGAUUCUCUUUCGAUUGGGAGAACACUGAAGACACUUCUCGGGACAUGAAUUCUCUCUAUCAGAAUCCUCACGAAGCUCAGCUAUUGUUUGGAAGAGGUUUUAGGGCUGGGAUGGACCGUCGUGAGCAGAAGAAGCUUGCUGCCAAGAAUGAGAAGGAGCUUAGAGAUGAGAUUAGGAAGAAGGAAGGUAUUGAGGAGAGACCAGAGGAGGCUGCUGCUCAGAAGCUUAAGGAAGAAGCUGCUGAUAUGUAUGAUACGUUUGAUAUGAGAGUUGAUCGCCAUUGGAGCGAUAAAAAGCUUGAAGAGAUGACUGAGAGAGAUUGGAGAAUAUUCAGAGAAGAUUUCAAUAUUUCAUACAAGGGUUCGAGGUUACCUCGCCCAAUGAGGAGUUGGCCCGAGAGUAAAUUGAAUCCUGAUCUUCUCAAGGCUGUGGAGAGAGCUGGUUACAAGAAACCGUCGCCAAUUCAAAUGGCGGCGAUCCCACUCGGGCUUCAACAGCGCGAUGUUAUCGGCAUUGCUGAGACUGGUUCUGGUAAGACUGCUGCUUUUGUUCUUCCUAUGUUGACUUACAUUUCGAGAUUACCACCGAUAAGCGAAGAGAAUGAAGCUGAAGGGCCUUAUGCUGUUGUUAUGGCGCCCACUCGUGAGCUUGCUCAGCAGAUUGAGGAUGAGACUAUGAAGUUUGCUCAUUACAUGGGCAUUAAAGUUGUGUCCAUUGUUGGUGGGCAGUCUAUUGAAGAACAGGGUUUUAAGAUUAGACAAGGGUGUGAGGUUGUUAUUGCUACACCGGGUCGUUUGAUUGAUUGCUUGGAAAGGCGUUAUGCUGUUUUAAAUCAGUGUAACUAUGUUGUUCUUGAUGAGGCUGAUCGAAUGAUUGAUAUGGGUUUUGAGCCACAAGUUGUGGGUGUGUUGGAUGCUAUGCCUUCGAGUAAUUUGAAACCCGAGAAUGAGGAUGAAGAGCUUGAUGAGAAAAGGAUUUAUAGAACAACUUAUAUGUUUAGUGCUACUAUGCCCCCUGCUGUUGAGCGUCUCGCGAGGAAGUACUUGCGAAAUCCUGUUGUUGUUACUAUUGGUACUGCUGGAAAAGCUACUGAGUUGAUCACCCAGAAUGUGGUUAUGACUAAGGAAUCUGAGAAGUUGAAUAGAUUGCAGAGGUUGCUUGACGAGCUCGGUGAUAAGACUGCUAUUGUUUUUGUUAACACCAAGAAGAAUGCUGAUCAUGUGGCAAAGAAUUUGGAUAGGUCGGGCUAUCGUGUGACAACUUUGCACGGUGGAAAAUCACAGGAACAGAGAGAAAUAAGCCUCGAAGGGUUUCGAACCAAGAGAUAUAACGUACUUGUUGCCACAGAUGUUGCUGGGCGUGGUAUUGACAUACCUGAUGUGGCUCAUGUCAUUAACUAUGACAUGCCAGGAAAUAUUGAGAUGUACACUCAUCGUAUUGGGCGUACUGGUCGUGCAGGAAAGACUGGGGUUGCUUCAACGUUCUUGACUAUGCACGAUACUGAUGUCUUUUACGACCUCAAGCAAAUGCUCAUUUCGAGUAACAGUCCUGUCCCACAUGAACUGGCAAAACACGAGGCCUCGAAGUUCAAGCCGGGAAGCAUUCCCGAUAGACCACCUAGGCGUAAUGACACUGUUUUUGCUCAUUGAGAAGGCUUUGGAAUUUAACGAGUCACCAGUGAUUUUUAGUGGAUUAUACAUCUAUGCUUAUUGUUUCAAGCAAGGAACUGAUACUGCUCUGAAAGUGGAGCAAACAUGACAAAUUGAAUGUUGAGAUAUAAACAUUACUAGACGUAAUGAUUCGUCAUUCCUCAUGAUUGUGAGUAUGAAUCCUUGCAGCUAAGCUAACUCACUAACUUAUUUCUCUCAUUCAAGCUUGUUUUACUUGCUUAUGUAAAUAUGUUGUAGUAGUAUUAGCAUCAUUCUACAACCUGAGAACUUUUGUUUCAGCUCUUAAAGAUUUUAUACAUUGUGAAAAGAUUUGUUCUUUUCUUUCUGGUUUAGGUUAGUUGGAAAAUAAUUUCUCAUCCACAUUUUUAUAGUUUAAAAUAAAAACUGUCUUCAGU